CCUUUCCUGUGGUAACCUGGAAGCCCAUCACCAAAAAAAGUCUGUUUUGCUUUUAGUAAACCUCAUUUUUCCUCAAAGGUGUAUAUGAACACAAACGUGUGAUCCCAGCCCUCCAAAAAAUGUUACUUCUGGAUGGAAAAGAAUUUUUUCACUAGUUUUUAGGGUACACUGAACUGUGUGCUGAGCCCCAUCCUUGCUAUCAGGUGAGGCCGUGUGCGCUGAGCUCAUACACGGCUCCCAGGACACCUGCAGCCCUGUCCCUGUCAGCUGGCACUGGGGGACAUCCCCUUCUCCCAGACAGCUCCUGUCUUUUGGGUUGUUUCUGUCUGUUAGCUGUCUUACAGCAUGCUGUGUUGUCCCUGUGCAGGUGCAAGAAGAGCUGCCCCUGUUGUCACUUUUGGAAGUGCUGCUCCUGUUGCCACUUUGCAGCUUUCUUUCCCUGUGUGUGAAGCCCCAGGACAUCUGAGGACAUCUGCAAAGACGUGUGUUGCAGCAGACCUCUCGUUAGGGGUAGAAACGAGCCAAGACACAGACUCUCAUUUAACAGCAUGAAAAGGGUCCCAGUUUAUUCUCCUUUACAGCUUAGCCAUUCUGACUGACUACAGCAAACUCCUGCUCUUGGCUUCUCUGACAGACUGACUGCUGGAAUAUGACUGCAAGAAUUUCCUUGCUGCCUCUGACCACAGGCUUUUACCUGGCUCCACUCUGACUGCAGGCUCCAACUCCAUCAGACCCUUCUGAUCUCACAGCAGAUCUUCUGCAGCAGCAACUCUCUUCUUUGUUUUAUUCUUCUUUGUGUCUCUCUGGAUUGUUCUGUCUUCCUCAGGGCUCCUCUAGGCCUUCUUCCUCUAUGCUCUCCCUGACCAGUCAACCCACCCCUUUUAUCACCCUUCUCUUUAUUAGUCACAGCUGUGACCCAUUCAGGGCAAGGCUGUUCUUCUUCUUUGGUAAUUAGCACAGCUGUGACUUGCCAGGGGUGAAGUCCCUCGUAAUCCCUUCUUCUUCACCUCCAGAUGUGGCCUCUUUGGGGACUGGACCUGAACCGGGUCCGCUGUGACCCGCUCUUCACAGAAGCCAUCAACCAAAGGAUGCAGGUUCCCAACAGGCUGAAGGUGGCAGAGAGCUGCAGCCCUGGGGACAGGAAGACAGUGACAGAGGAUGUCCCUGCGUCCUUUCGGAUGCACAUCCCUGAGAGGAUUUCUCUGGCAGAGAUGUCAGACACCAGUUUGAGGCCAGUGCUGUUGACCCAGCCAAGGAAGGUCCCCUCUGUUGUGGUGCACGUGUCCCCAGACCCCUCUGGGGACCUCCCUUUCCCGCCCUCAGCCAGCAGAGCCAGCGCCCAGCGACGCAAGCGAUCGGGCCAUCACAGCAGCAGGUCACGGAGGGACAGGACCCCGAGUGACAGUGCCCAGCUGGCCUUGCACAGCCCAGGACAGCGCCGUGAGGGCUCCCAGGAGCCCAUCCCGGCUGCAGAGAGCGCCUUGGAGGAGGCCGGGGUGACGGAGGUGGCAGCAAUGAGAAGGCAGCUGGCCAGGAUCUCGGGGAGGCUGCGCGUGCUGGAGGAGCAGUGCCACGCCUGGAGACAGAAGGAGGCCCUGGUGUACUCCGUGAUGAUCUCUGCCUGCCUCAUCAACACGUGGCUCUGGCUCAGGAGAUGACGGCCCGUGCCCAACCUCCCCUGCUCACCCUGGCAGGGACAGGAGCAUUUCUCGUGUACUUGCCAGCAGUGAAACUUUUUUCUUGGCUAGGACUGCUUUUUGCACUGUGGGCCCUCAGGAAUCUGUGUCCUCCAGGCCUUGGUGGCAGUGAAGGUGUGAGAAGCUGCUGUCAAGAGCUGAGGUCUCCUAAGAGCUGGGUGGCUGGCACAGGAGGUGUCUGUUCUGUGCAGUUGCCCUCAGGCUGCCAGAGGAGAUGCAAACCUGAGGAGCUGGGUGUGUGUGGGUGUGGGCUCCUGUUACAGUCACAGCCUCUGCUGGGCCUGGUCCCCUGGCCACGUCCCACCUUGGAGAUCUCAACUCUGACCCCACAAGAGUUCUCAGCCAGCUGCUGUGGUCUGUUCCUCACCUUCUGUAGAGUGACUGGGUGUUUCUAAACUUCUGCUGGGUUUUCUUUUCUUCCUUGUGCAGCUGCUGUUUGCUGGGCCUCCUGUGCCAGAGCCCCUCUUCCAGGAGUGGAGCUGGAGGGGCCAGGAGCUCCCAUCCCUGCAGCCACAGCUGGUUUGCAGAUGUUCAGAUCCAAAGUGACUGCAAGAGCCUUGCUGACGUCUGGGCUUAUCCAGGGGCUUGGCUCUUUCCCAGAGAGGUUUACGUGGGAAACCUCCCCAUGGUGACUCUCUGGAUUAUAAAACCUCGUAUCAACAGUGAUAGCACCGAACAGGUCAUGGAAAAUAGAUAUUUGUUAGGCUCCCCGUGGCAGAGGGGAGUUGGAGGAGUGUCUCUCCCAGGUCUUGCUGCCAAGCUGCAACUUCAGUGAUGAUGCAAGAACAUGGGUGAGGGAAAUUCCUCACCCAGAUGCUCUUUAGCUGUGAACAAGCUCAGUUUAACAGUUUUUUCUGUUUGUUUCCUUCUCCAGAGUUUAGUAACACUUGAUUCUGAGGUGACUUUGAGAUGUUUUUGGUGGUUCAUCCAGCACAUCUGCUGGAGUUGUGCAUGCAGGCCCUGGGGGCAGGUUUUGGCAAGGCUUAACAGGACCUCUCUGUGUCACCUAUACCUAAUUAUAGCUGGAUCUACAUGUCAUCCAGAUGUCCCAAUAGCUUAUUUACAGACAUCAGUGCUCGGGUGUUUUCUGCUUGACACCGCAUCAAGCGUCCGUGACUGGAAAUCUGGCAGCUGCACAGUGACUAAUAAAUAACUGUCCCAAAGUAAUUGCAGGCCUGAACCUGAGGCUGAUUGCUGAGCUGAGGAGAGUGCUGGGAUUUACUGCAGACCGGAGCCAGGGUGGUGUGCUGGGCUCGCUGUGCUGUGCUGGGUGGAUGUGCAGGAUGGGUGGCUCCUGUGGCUUGUGGUCAGGGCUGUGGUCAGGGUCACCAAAGCACCUUGCACACCUGUUACGUAUAAGGGGGUGUGAGUCAGGCCAAGAAAUGAGGUAAAUUGUCUCUUUUCUCUCCUUUGAGAGGUGUUAAUGUGUUUUGGAGGAAGCUGGUGUUUGGGGUUUAUUUUAGGGUGAGAAGGGAUGACUUUGGGAAGGCACACCACCUUCAAAUUGUGGCUUGAAGGUGUUUGGAGGAGAGGUGGUCCAACUGGACGUGUUCUCAUGGGCUGGUUGUGGGAGAUAUGACUUCUAUGUAAGGCAUAAAUGCUGGUGUAAAUCUGGAAACACUGACCUCAAAAUGCAUAUUUUAAUAAACGCUGUGUGU